AUGGCUCAUGUCUGGUACUGGGAUUACAGGACUGUGCAGCCAAUGCCUACACAACAUGACGUCAAGCAGGACGUCGAACGGCACGUCGAGCUCGGCGUCUGCUUUGCUAUGGACCCACCCCUCUUUGGCGUUGCUCAGAGCUUCGUUUUUCUGAUGGAGAAGGCCGACUUCGCUAGGUUUUUCCCCUACCACACACCAACAUCAGUUCAUUCACCAUUCCCUCCUCCCCAGAAGAUCAUUCAUCGUCACCAGAAACUCGUUGCUAUGCGUCCCACGCUCCUCCACUGCCUGCUACCAGGCCUGGCCGCAGCUGUCAACGUCGGGCCCAACUAUGAGCAUCACAUAGAAGACCUCGAUGUCGACCUCCCUUUCUCGCAGCCUGUGACGUUUGCCCAUCUCGAGUGGCAGCGCUGCCUGGCCGCGUCGCACAACAAGCCGCUCGACAUUGCCCUGCUGGGAUUCCCCUACGACACGUCCACGUCGUACCGCCCGGGCGCCCGUUUCGGUCCCCGGGGGAUCCGGGCGGGCUCGGCGCGCGAGAAGAAGGGCCGCAGCUACAACACCGUGUGGGGCGUCGACCCGUACGAGCAGGGGCUCGAGAUCAUCGACUGCGGCGACAUUCCCAUUACGCCCUUUGACGCGGCGCACGCGUUCAAACAGAUGGAGCAGGGCUACCGCCAGGUGCUGUACCACCCCACAUCAGACGCGACGGCGUGGAAGCACCCGCGGAUCAUCAGCCUCGGCGGCGACCACUCCAUUGUGCUGCCGAUCCUGCGGUCCCUCAAAACCGUGUACGGCUCCAUCUCGGUGAUCCACCUCGACUCGCACCUCGACACGUGGGACCCGUACGAGGGCUACACGGGCAUCCGGUCGAACCAGUCGGCGCUGACGCACGGCACCUUCUUUUGGCACGCGAGCCGCGAGGGGUGCAUCGCAAAGGGCACGAGCGUGCACGGCGGCCUGCGCACCAAGCUGUUCAGCCCCAAAGACUACGAGAUUGACCGCGACGUCGUGGGGUUCACGCUGAUUGAGGCGCACGAGAUUGACGAGAUCGGCAUGGAGGGCAUUGUCGCGCGCACACGGGCGGCCGUGGGCGAGACCCCGACGUACCUGUCGAUUGACAUUGACGUCCUGGACCCGAGCAUUGCGCCGGCAACAGGCACGCCCGAGUCCGGUGGCUGGACGAUGCGCGAACUGAAGCGGUUUAUCAAGGGCCUCGAGGGCGUGAACCUCGUGGGUGCCGACGUGGUCGAGGUGAGCCCGCCGUACGACUCGGUGGCCGAGGUGACGUCGAUUGCUGCCGCGGAUCUGAUUGUGGACAUACUGGCAGCCAUGGUCAAGGGUAAGGACAAGGCGGUGGGUGCCAAGAAGACGGCUGGUGGCAAGGACGAGCUGUAG